AUGACUCCCCUGCUCCUCCUCCUCUGCCUCGUCACCCUCACCGCCGUCCCCACCACCGCCGCCGCAUCCCUCCCCGUCGACUUCUACCGCCUCCUGGCCACCAAAGCCGCUCUCUCCGACCCCACCUCCGCGCUCGCACCAUGGGACCAAUCCCUCCCGCCGUGCCGCUGGCCGCACGUCCACUGCUCGCCCUCCUCCGAUAACCCGUCCGUCGCCUCGCUCCUCCUCUCCAACCUCUCCCUCGCCGGCGAAUUCCCGGCCCAACUCUGCUCGCUCACGUCCCUCGUCCGCCUCGACUUCUCCUACAACUCGCUCAUCGGGCCCCUCCCUCCCUGCCUCGCCGCGCUGCCGUCGCUGAGGCACCUUGACCUCGCCGGAAACGCCUUCUUCGGGGAAAUCCCCAAGACCAUCAGGAACUUGGAGAGCGUCGUCCAGAUCGAGCUCUACUCCAACAAGCUCUCCGGGAGGGUGCCUCAGGGGCUGGGCGGCCUCAAGGAGCUGCGGUUCCUGGACGCGGCCAUGAACCGGCUCUCAGGCGAGAUACCGGCGGACCUCUUCCUCGCGCCCAAGCUGGAGAGCCUGCACCUGUACGAGAACGAGCUGUCAGGCACCGUGCCGUCGACGCUGGCGAACGCGACUGCGUUGAACGACCUGAGGCUGUUCACCAACCGCCUGGCCGGGGAGCUGCCGACCGAGUUCGGGAAGAGCUGCCCGCUGGAGUUCCUCGACCUGUCAGAUAACAGGAUUUCCGGCCGCAUUCCGGCGACGCUGUGCAGCGCCGGGAAGCUGGAGCAGCUCCUGAUACUGAACAAUGACCUCGUCGGCCCGAUCCCUGCUGAGCUGGGGGAAUGCCGGACGCUGACGCGUGUGCGGCUGCCCAACAAUCGGCUGUCCGGAGCCGUGCCGCUGGACAUGUGGGGCCUGCCGCACCUGUACCUUCUCGAGCUGGCCGGCAACGCUCUGUCCGGCACCGUGGGGCCAGCCAUUGCCUUGGCGCAGAACAUGUCGCAGCUGCUGAUAUCCGACAACAACUUCGCCGGCGUGCUGCCGCCGCAGAUAGGCACCCUCACAAGCCUGGUCGAGCUGUCCGCGGCCAACAACGAGUUCUCUGGUCCUCUGCCGGCGUCGCUCGCCGAUGUGUCCACGCUCAGCCGACUUGACUUAAGGAACAAUUCAUUCUCCGGCGAGCUUCCACACGGUGUUCGACGGUGGCAGAAGCUCACACAGCUCGACCUUGCGCAGAACCGCCUCACCGGGAACAUCCCGCCCGAGCUCGGGGAGCUCCCCGUGCUGAACUCGCUCGACCUGUCUAACAACGAGUUCACCGGCAACGUGCCAGUGCAGCUGGAGAACCUCAAGCUGAGCCUGUUCAACCUGUCCAACAACCGGCUCACCGGCAACUUGUCUCCUGUGUUCGCCGGCGACAUCUACGAUGACAGCUUGCUCGGCAACCCGUCUCUCUGCCGCAAGGCAUGCCCCAGCGGGCGCAGAGCCGCCGCCGGCCGCCGCGGUCUCGUCGGGAGCGUUGGGUCCGUUCUCACAAUUGCCGGUGUCAUCCUCAUCCUUGGCGUCGCCUGGUUCUGGUACAAGUACCGGAGCCAGUACAAGAAGCGCGGCGCGGAGGCCGGCGGCAAGAAGUGGGUAGUGACGUCGUUCCACAAGGUGGAGUUCGAGGAGGAGGACAUCCUGACCUGCCUCGACGACGAGGACAACGUGGUCGGGACGGGCGCGGCGGGCAAGGUGUACAGGGCCGUCGUCGGCCGUGGAGGCGGCGCCGAUGACGACGUCGUGGCCGUUAAGAAGCUGUGGGGAGUCGCCGGUGCCGCGGCAAGGAAAGACAAGGACGGCAAGGCCGUCAUGAAGGACACAUUCGAGGCGGAGGUCACGACGCUGGGCAGGAUCCGGCACAAGAACAUCGUGAAGCUCUGGUGCUGCCUUCGCAGCGGCGACCGCGGGCUGCUGGUCUACGAGUACAUGCCCAACGGCAGCCUGGGCGACCUCCUCCACGGCGGCAAGGGCAGCCUCCUGGACUGGCCGAUGAGGUACAGGAUCAUGGUCGACGCCGCCGAGGGGCUCUCCUACCUGCACCACGACUGCGCGCCGCCCAUCGUGCACCGGGACGUCAAGUCCAACAACAUCCUGCUGGACGCCGAGUUCGGCGCCAAGGUCGCCGACUUCGGUGUCGCCAUGGUCAUCGGCGACGGCCCGAACGCCGUGUCAGCCAUCGCCGGCUCGUGCGGCUACAUUGCUCCCGAGUACUCGUACACGCUGCGCAUCACUGAGAAGAGCGACGUGUACAGCUUCGGCGUGGUGAUGCUGGAGCUUGUGACCGGCAAGAAGGCCGUCGGGCCGGAGCUCGGCGACAAGGACCUGGUGAGUUGGGUCCGCGGCAGCAUCGAGCAGAACGGGGUAGACUCCGUGCUCGACCCGAGGCUCGCCGGCGAGUCCAGGGACGAGAUGCGCAAGGUCCUCAACGUCGCCCUGCACUGCUCGUCCAGCCUCCCGAUCAACCGCCCGUCGAUGAGGUCCGUCGUGAAGCUCCUGCUCGAGGUCCUGCCAGACUGCAAGCCCGCCGUGCUCGACGAGAAGGAAUCUAUUGAUGUCUGA